GAGUACCAGUGUUCUGUGAUCACUACAGUCUUUCAGAAUUCAGUGAUCAGUCUUUGUUCUUUGUUAAAUCUCACAUUGUUCGAAUAGUUUUUUACUUUUUUAAUGUAAGGAAUCGUUAUUACUUGUUAUCGCAAGCCAGUGUUCUUAGCGAGUGACAUUGCAUUGUGAUGAGUUUAUUUCAAAAUAUUACGAUGAUUUAAAAACUGAAUAUUAAAUAUCCCUGCGAAGUGGGUACAAAAUGGACUCAAGUGUAUUUAUAGCACAAACCAAAAUGUUUCCAAUAGAUAAUUAUUUACCGUUGACGUUUAAAAGGAAUUAUUCCAGAACAGUUCCUGUUUAUAUGAGCAGUUGGGAUACAUGUGAUGAGUUCUUUGAAUUUGAAGUUAAAAAUACGUUGGAUCCAAAUAACAAUGACUUCCAUUUUGAAAUGAAGACAUGUCACAUAUGUAACAUUGAUGUGCCUAAAUUAUUUAUAAAAGAGCACUGUCAGAGUAAAAAGCAUCUUAUGUUCAAAACAAUUGCGAACACAGCUCUUAAACGUAUGAGAAAUCAUAUGAAUGAUGUUGACGAAAGCACACCAGACUACAUACCUAAUGUUUAUUUCUGUUCAACAUGUGUGGCUGUGGUUAAAAUAAGUGACAAAGAUUAUCACACUCGUCAGCAGUCACAUAAGAACUCUCUCAUCGCUGAUAAACUUCUCAACAAUUUCCUCUCGUUGUAUACACAUUAUAACGAUGACAACGAUAAAGAUAAUUUAGAUAGUGCAGAAGAUUUAAAUGUUCAGGAUGAUUCCAACACUACCGUCAAGUUAGAUACAUCAAAUAAUACUGAUUUAUCGUUGCUUGUUCCAAAUGACGUUACAGAUAAUGAAUCAAAUAAUAUAACUACUAAUAAAAAGCAAAUACUUGAUUCUAUUCGAAAAGAACUCCAUACAAUUGAUGAAAUUGUGAUGAAAGGGAUAAAUCGUAAACAGUCUAGUAAUUUAAAACAACAGGCCAAAUCAGAUAACAUUUGGAAUAAAACAGAAUCGAACAAUGUUCCAAAUGAAGCAAAGAUGCAUAUGGUAAAACCAAUUGAUAAUUUAAAAUACGAUGAAAAUAAAUAUUCUCAAUUGAAAGAUAAUAAAAUUCAAGAUUCAAAGGAGAAUAUGAUUGAUGCGAACAAACCAGGAAAUCGAAGUAAGGCAAUAUCAAAAGUACAGGAAAUAAAUGAAGAAAAUGAUAGUGAUGAAACAAAUGAAGAAUUAACUCUAAUAAAUAAAGAAGAAACACAAAAAAAUAAAGAUGAAUUAAAAACAGAUGACACAGAACGAAACAAUUUACAAUCAAGUGAAACAAAAGAUUUAAAAAUAAAAGACGAAAAGCAUAGCCGAAACAGAGACACAAAUAAAAUUACUAACACACAACAACUUCCAGACUUGAAUACUAGUUCUAAUAGUUUCAAAAUCGGCAAUACAAUUGCUAAAGAUCUUUUCGAGAGCCAUAACAAUGCAUUAAAAGAUCUUAAUGCGCAUAAAAUUAAAAUUAUAAGUGAGAAUUACAUGGAAAUUCAGUGUACUGACGGUGCUAAAGUCUGUGUAUGCAGCGAUAAUUAUUUCUGUGUCGGAGUUGAAUCAGAUGAUAAUAUUUACUGUGAAAUUUGCACAGAAACAUUUGUUCCUGUAAAACAAUUGGAACAUAUAAAAAAAAAACAUAUGCACGAUUUAAACGCUCCUUUAGAAAACGAACACUGUAUAAGAAAUCUUGGUGAAAAUAUUUACCAUUGCGUUCUAUGCAAUGACAUUAGCGAUGAUCUAAACAGACACAUUAACACGAAAUAUCACGAGAGACACUUGGAAAAGGCUCUAAUUAAAAAAGGCAAUACAAAUACUGAAAUAGAAAUAAAAGAUGAACCAUGGGACGUGAUAUUUUAUGAUGAAUUAGAUUCGCCAGCAACGGAAAUAUCUGAAGUCGAUGACGAUGAAAAUGUCAUAGAUAACAUAAAAAUAAGUUCAGAAAGAAUAAGUCUACAAGAAGACAACAAAUAUUACUGUGAUAUUUGCAAAACAGAUAUUCACGUCAACGAUAUUAAACUACACUUGAACAGUUCAAGACAUAAAAUGAAUAAAAUAUCCAACGUUCACUAUAUGAUGAAAGAUAUGGACGUAAAUCUGUUGUGCAAAGUCUGUCAAGAGCUUAUACACAAUGAGCGGACGUCUAUAACGUACCAUGUUAACAAACUAAGCCAUAAAAAUGCCUAUAACAAGUUAUUAUACGAGAAUUGGAUUGAAAAGUUUUACGGUCAACUCCACUGUAGGGUGUGCAUGGAGUAUAUACAGGAAAAGAACGAACUACUGCAUAUUUACACGAAGAAACACAUCAAAAUGAAAAAUGAAAAUGAAUUGAACGAUCAGGAGGACAAAGAAAUGCCGUAUUAUUGUGAUAUCUGCGAAAUAUACCUACCAAAGUCUCAAUUUAAUAUCAAAGAACAUGAGAAUGAUGAAUCUCAUAAAACUAAAGCCAAAUUAGUAUCUAAAGAUACUGAUUUGAUGCCUACAAACACUCGGCCAAAUAAGGCAAACAAUAUAGAAACACGUACAGGAAUUGAAAAAUACAAUAAAAAUGAUACUGAAGAAAAACCAGUAUCAUACUAUUAUUGCCUGAUUUGUAAAGUUAAAAUACCAAACCGUUUGCACAAUGUUCGUGAGCAUAACAACGGUAGAUCACAUCUAAAGAUGUUGGAAUCUAAAAAAAUAAGUCUGUCUAAUGAUAAAAAUCCAUAUUACUGCCAACAGUGCAACGUCAAAGUAGGAAAUAAUCCGAAAAAUAUCGAUGAACAUAUAAAGGGGGCAAAACAUAGGAGUAAUGUUGAAAUUAAGGGUGAAACUGCAAGAACACAAACUAUAAUAAACCAAAAUGAUAAGACCCAUUUAGACACAUAUAAAUCAGUUUUGUUGCGUGAUAAAAUGAACGAUAAAAACGCAAAAAACAAUAAUUCUGGCUUUGUAAAAACACCAGAAAGUAUAGAGGCAAUGGAAACUAUAGACACUAAAAUACAAGCCUUAGACGAAAUUUUCGAUAGAAUUCAGAAUGAAUUAUUGUCUUAUAAUGCUAUUGAAGACCCUAACACGGCAGGUCAAUCUAUAAAAGUGGAGGAGAUACCGUUUUUGAAAGAUACAGGCAAUCCUAAUGAAUUGUUAUGUGCUAUAUGCGAAAAAAAAGUGCCGAAUACGGAAUACAAUAUAACUACGCACAUUCGUGGCGCUAAACAUGGGAAUAAUCAUCAAAAAUUCAGUAUAUUGGUUGAACAAUGGCAGGAGCUUCGCAGUAAGAUGACGCGACCAGAUAUGAUUUAUGAAGCGUUUACGGAAUUGUUACAAUUGUUGGAGGAAAUAUAAUUGAUUUUUUUUUAAAUAAAUGUGUGUCAAUUAUUGUAUCUGUAAGUACUUGUAAGUUAAAAUUAAAUCGAUUUUUGGGAAAGUUCAA